AUGGGAGAAAAAGACAGGCUUCUGGCGGUUGAGAGAUUGAAAUUGGCACAUAUAGGAAGAGUAUCACAACUCGCACGAAAAGUCGGAUUUAGCGAAGUGUUAGCUUGGAACGAUAUGUUUGAUAAAUCUGAGGUGGUGGAUAUGCAGACAGCUGGUCUUGGACAGUUAAUCACCCCAGUUGUCUGGGGAUACAGAUUGGAUGUCACGGAGAAGGGCUAUUUUCCUGAACACCUAUUUGAGAGGUUGUCGCAGGUGUUUCCCACUAUUUUCUUCGCGAGUGCAUUUAAAGGUGCCAACUCAGAGGGAGAGAACUUCAUUGACAUUGAUCGAUAUUUCCAGAAUCAGAUGUCGUAUGUAAAGCUGUAUAGGGAAAAUAGAAAGGCUCUGGACGGUCGUGUUGAUGGUAUAAUACUGACGGGUUGGCAACGUUAUCGACAUUAUGCUCCCUUAUGUGAAUUACUGGCAAUUUCUCUCCCGUCACUAAUCACUGAUCUCGUCUACUUCGAUGACGUCACACGCCAUCGUGAUGAAUUGUGGAGUUUUGUGAAGGCCGCGAAACCACGAGAUCUCGAAAAAUUGCGUAAUUGCAGUAGACGGGCCGCGCCACACCUUAAACCGAACACAAACUGUGCAAUUUGA